AUGGCUGUUUGUGUCGCUGUUAUUGGAAAAGAUAAUUCUCCAUUAUAUAUUGGCGGAGUCGGUAAUGAUACUAGUACCGAUAAUGAACUCUCUAGACAAUGGCUCGUUCAUACCGCCCUGGAUGCUUUAGAAGAACGGUUAGCAACUUCUAAUACAAACACGGCAAACUCGGUGUCAAAUUCAUCACGCACUGAUUUGAGGGAUCUGUACCUAGGAAUGCUUUACUCUACAGAUAGUCAUAAAAUAUAUGGUUAUGUAACCAACACAAGGAUCAAACUUGUUCUUGUUACAAGUUCCACGUCCCCUAGCGGUAGCAACAUCAGAGAUGCUGAAGUAAGAACUGCAUUGCGAAGAUUGCAUGCUUUGUAUGCUGACGCAAUUUGCAAUCCAUUUCAUUUGCCCGGGGAUCAAAUUAAAUCAAUGAAGUUCGAUAAACAAGUAAAGAACCUACUUCUGAAUAAUGUU